GAUUUUUGUUUGUUUGUUAGCGGCAGAAGCCAAUCGAUUCAUUUAAACUAUUAUAAAUAAAUAUUGUUGUUAUUCGCUCGUGAAGAUGUCUGGGAAUCCGGACAGGAGUCUGGCGGACCUGUUCAUGGACUGGCGCCUGGGGGACGAGAAUGAGGACCCGGCGGCGGCAGGCUGUGACCCAGCCGUCAGCCCGGCCAGCACAACCCGAUCCCAACUGGUUCAUUUGAAGUCGCCGUGCAAGGUGCCCCAAACCGAAAUCACCGAAACCCAUACGGAGCCCAACGACAGUGUUAUAUUUGUGGACGCCGACAUCAGCAGCAGCAGCAGCAACAGCAACAGCAGCGUAAUUUUGGUGUCAUCCGGGGUGUCCAAUGAGUCGUUGGUCAGCUGCCUCCACUCGUCCCAGUACCACAGCACCUCGGAGAACGUAACCAUCGAGGAGACCACAGACUGCGAGUUCGGACACUUGUCACUGGACUCGGACACCAACCGUCCUGGCGCCGCCGACAUGGAUGCGCCGAAGUUCUCCUUGAAGCGACACUCCCCGGAUCCCGCGGACCACGAUCUGGAGAUCAAGAAAUGUCCUAGUACUAGUGCCUGCGCGGACGUCGCCACAAUGAGGAAGAGAAGGGCUUCGGGUCAUGGUGACGAUGAUCCGGCUUGUAAGAAACUCCAUCGGAAUCUGGACGAGGUGGCCACCCCCUCGAAUCGCUCGGUGGUGACGCGCAGCGGUCGCGCCGUGGUGACGCGCAUGAACCACGCGUUCGACUACUCCUCCUCGCAGUCGAAGGACGACGGCGAGGAGGACUCCGAUGACCAGUGGCUGGACACCGACGACGAGGAGUACCAGCAGGCUCUGGAGUUCGUGCAGCCCAAGUGGCAUGGGUGCAAGCGGCGCAGCCUGGGGAACAGCAGCAGCAGUGCCUGCAGCACCGAUGACAGCCAAUCCUCGCCGGUGGCAGCGUCUUCCAUUGUCUAUCUCGAAUUGGGCGAGCAAGUCGCCGUCGUAAGGGACGAGCCAAAGGCCAAUAUCGCCCUCGAGGAUGAUGGGGAACUCAAGACGCAGAUGCACAAGUUUCUGGGCCUGAUGGCGGCACGUCGCCGGCUCUACAAUCCAGCGACCGACCACGAUCCGGAGGAACCGCAGGAGAGUGUGGAUAACCUAUCGAUCAGUCGUCUGCUGGACUCAUCCCGUUCCUCGGCCACAGGCCUAGUCACGCCCUCACCCAAGCGCCUUACCCAGUCUCCCCGGACCCCGACGCCCACCUGGUCGAGCCUGAAUUUGUCGCAUCGCCGCCGCCCCACCCAGGAGGAGCGCCAGACGAAGAUGUUCGACGACAUGGUGUUGCAGGCCAAUGCCAAUUCGUACGAGGAGCAGACGCCGGAUGCGCUCAAGGAGCCCAUCGAUCUGAGCGAACUGCCGAGCCGCAAGCAAGUGGCCCUCAUCUGCCGCCGCCACAAGAGCAGCAUUGCCUGCCUGGAGCAGCACCCGCUCUUCUACAGAUUCGUCGAGUCGCUCAACCCGAGGACCUCCAUUAACAUGUGUCACCCGCUGGCGCUGAGCUACAGGGAGAAAAGCUUCAACGACUGCAAAGUGGCCCUGUCCAAAGUGCUCUUCAAUAUGUUCAACCACGCCAUCUUCCACUGCGGCCUCAUGGCGCCGAUCGUUUGGAAGCGCGGCAUGACCACGCACUGCAAAAGCGAACUGCAGGUGGCCGCCUCCGGGAGGCGCACCGCCCGCAUUCUGCUGUGGGAGAACAUCAGCCAGCCGGGCAUGCUCAUCCAGCCGCUGCUCCACGAGAUGUGCCAUGCGGCGGCCUUCGUUUUCAACCGCGAGACGGGACAUGGCGACAACUGCCGCAGAUGGGUCUACCAGGCGAAGAGCGCGAUGCCGGAGCUUCCGACGGUCGAGGACUGUCAGGCCACCUUCAAGUACACCUGCACCAUGUGCUGCCGCUGCUCGUACGGCAGGAUCGAGUUCGAGCUGGACCGCGUGCGCUGCCACUACUGCCAGUUCGAGGUGGCCGUGAAGCCGUGCCGCAAGGAUGAGAUCUGCCACGGCACCCGGCCGGACUUCACGAUCACCCCCUUCAAGUCCUUCGUCCGCGAGAACUACCUGAAGCUGGGCGAGGAGGGCGGCAGCACGCACAGCUCCAGGAUGAGGCUGCUCAACGAAGAGUACAAAAAGAUGAACGCCCCCACGGGCUAGGGUGCAGUGCCUUUGUUACGUUCUAGUUUAUAGUUUAUAUUUUUUACGUUAACUACCAAUUCACAAACUAUUUAAUGGCGAAUGAAUACUGACUAAGGACCCCCACAAGAAUGCCGGUGGCUCAUGAGAAAUAAACUGUGACAUACUUAUUAUUUUUUAGUAGAAACUAAGAAUUUUUUUUGACAAAAUAAACACAAGAUGUAGAUGUAAUUGAAUGUAA